CUGCGGUUCACCUUCGACUAUGAGCUUGAGAAAGGCAUAGAAAUCAGACUCACCAACUUCAAGUACGGAUCCCGCGGAUCCGUCCCGUGGACGCUGGAGGUGGUCAAGUGUAGUUAUCUGGGCAUUGCCACUGCAGAAGAAAUGGCGUCGUUUGAUAUGGAAGACGAGCUGGUCAACGCCAAGGAAUUGGCUCGCCUUCAGCAAUGCUCCGUGAGCUCCGAGAAACUCCGUCGCUACCUGGAGAUUAACGUUGUCCCUCUCGUUAUGAAGAAGAUUAAGUACACCAGGUUCAUGCCGCAGUUUCGGUUCUUCCUCAGCCACAAGUCUAGGGACAAGCCACUAAUGCGUACCUUUGAAGAGGGGUUGAGUUUUCUGGGUUAUUCCACAUGGAUCGAUGCAGCCAACAUGCCUUUGGGAGCUUCUCUUACGGCUGCCCUCAAAACCUCCAUCGACAACUGUGACUGUCUCAUUGCCUGGCUCAACGCAGAAUACCUUGCGAGUGAAUACUGCAAGGCCGAGCUGCUCUAUGCCAAGAGCCUUGGUAAAAUCAUCAUACCGUUUGGAGUCUACAGUGAGAUUAAGGAGCUGCUAGUAGGAGACUUUGAGUUCGUGCAACACCUGUUUGUCGUCAACCCAGUGUCUAUGUCAUUCUUUGAGAUGCUGAGACGUAUCGACGAAACAUUGUUUCAUUUCGAAAAGAUGGCUAUACUGUUAUGCUGA